CACACACAGACUGAGAGAGAUUGAUAGAGUCUCCUCCAGAAAGCAGCAUCAGUCUGAGAGGAUCCGUCACAAACAGCAGCAGAGGCUCUCGUCUUGAGCGGCGCCGGCGUCCCUGGACUCUGGAUCUGCUCCGUCUCUGACCGCACACUCGUCCAGGAUGAGCUGUAAGGUGGCGCUGUGGCUGCUGCUCACCAGCCUGCUGUGUCUCGCCUCCGCCGGCCGUAAAACCCGACCGCAGGGAUCCAUCCCAUCGCCCUACAAGACCAACUCCAACACCUCCGACCGGCGCGCACGCAAACAGGAAGUGCUGGCCUCCAGCCAGGAAGCUCUGGUGGUGACGGAGCGCAAGUACCUGAAGAGUGACUGGUGCAAGACGCAGCCGCUGCGGCAGACGGUCAGUCAGGAGGGCUGCAAGAGCCGCACCGUCAUCAACCGCUUCUGUUACGGCCAGUGCAACUCCUUCUACAUCCCGCGGCACGUCAGGAAGGAGCAGGAGUCCUUCCAGUCCUGCGCCUUCUGCAGGCCGCAGCGCUUCACCAGCCUCACCGUGGAGCUCGACUGCCCCGACCUGCAGCCGGACGUCCGCUAUCGCAAGAUCCAGCGCGUCAAGCAGUGCCGCUGCAUGUCCGUCAGCGUGUCCGAGUCUGGGAAACAGUGAGAUCCUGACCACGUUUCACUGGAAACACCUGCUGCUAAUCUGAGCUGAAAGACUGCAAGGCUUUAGCAUGCCAUCUUAAUACUGUCCUGCUGGACACUGGUCACUAUCAGCCACCACUGGUCACUGUCGGUCACCAUUGGUCUCCAACGGUCUCCAUCAGUCACCGUUGGUCACUAUCGGUCAUCAGCAGACAUUAUCGGUCACUACUGGUCUCCACUGGUCACUCUCGGUCAUCAUUGGACACUAUUGGUCACCAUAGGUCUUCAUUGGUUACUAUCAGUCUUCACUGGUCUCCAUCGGACACUAUUGGUCUCCAUUGGUCACUAUCAGUCAUCAUUUGGUCACUAUCGGUCAUCAUUGGACACUAUUGGUCACCAUAGGUCUUCAUUGGUUACUAUCAGUCAUCACUGGUCUCCAUCGGAGACUAUUGGUCACCAUUGGUCACUAUCAGUCAUCACUGGACACUAUUGGUCACCAUUGGUCACUGUCGGUCACCACUGGUCUCCAACAGUCACUGUUGGUCACUAUCGG